CUAGCCUCAUAGCCUGGCCAAUUCAGUCGUGCUUCGACCGCUUGCGUUGUUACUCGUCGUAUUGUUCAUCGUGAGGAACGCGAUUGAGAUCAUCCGGUAACGGGAGAAAAACGUGAAUUCGCGAAAAUCCAGGCGUCAGCGCGGUCAACGUCGCCACCGGCGUGUUCGCUCGCGAUUAAGUCGGAUUCCCAGGCAUCCUCGUGACCGAGUCAUCCCUCGGAGGACGUACGGUGUGUCGAGCGGUGUGUUGACGACGUCAAACGCGUAGGUGGCAAAGGUGGAGGAGCAUCGUCUGCGACCGUCGAGACUUCGAAAUCCGCGGGACGACAUGACGCAACGCGGCCGACAACGAAUCGAUUGAACACCGAAAAGCGGGAAGCGAGCCGGCCUCAGUCGCGAAGUCGACCGCCGAUCGAUGAGAAUCCGUGUCUGACAACGCCGAAGAAUUCGAACGUGCGAACCUUUCUUCCACUUCGUCGGCACCGCGUGCGCAGCAUCUCAUUCUCACGCUGAUAACGCGACGUACGUUCGCGGCAAACGACGAAAAUGGCCCUCUUCCGGAAGUUCAACGAGAAAAUCCCUCGGAGAGCAGUCCUGGGGUCGAUGAUGUUCUUGGCUUGUAUGUUCUCCUACGUUAUUCGUACCAAUUUAUCCAUAACUAUUGUCGCCAUGGUAAACACUACAAGCAAAGACGGCGGCGUCGGGCCAGCUUGUACUGUAGCGGAUUUAAAAAGCAAUAAGACCGUUGUGAUUAAAGAUUUUGGGGAGCGUUUCGAAUGGAAUCAACAUAUUCAAGGACUAUUACUAUCGGGAUACUUCUAUGGUGUUCUGCCGGCUAGUGUACCAGCUGGACUCUUAGCUGAAAAAUACGGAGGCUCUAAAGUAGUAGCAUUUGCCACAUUGAUACCUGCAGUAUUAAAUCUUCUGAUGCCUUGGGCUGCUAGUGUCCACUACGGUUUUGUUUUUGCACUCCGUUUUGUAAUGGGAUUUUUCGGAGGCGCGGUUUAUCCCGCUCUUCACGCGAUGAUUGCCAGAUGGGUGCCACCUGGUGAAAAAGGCAUGUUUGUGUGGACUAUGCAAGGUGGUCCAUUCGGAACCGUAGUAACAUUUGCUUUAUGUGGCGCGGUAAUCAGUGCUUACGGGUGGAAAGCUGCAUAUUACGUUACAAGUGGGCUUAUGUUAGUUUUUUACGCUUUGUGGGUAUUUCUAAUCUACGAUACACCGGAUUUACAUCCUAAUAUCACGGAGAAGGAAAAGACGUACAUAAAGGAACAAAUAGGCACUACCGUUUCAAAACAAAAGGUCCAGCUACCGGUGAAAGCAGUCGCUACAUCUCCACCGUUUCUAGCAUUACUGUGGGCUCACUUUGCAAACAUGUGGGGAAUUUAUUUCAUUGCUACAAACGGACCCAAAUACACGUUGGAAGUUCUUGGUUUCAAUAUGAAAUCGGGUGGCGCCAUAACUGGAUUACCUUAUAUAGCUAGAUUAGGCGCUGGUGUAUUGUUUGCAGCAGCAGGCGAUUAUGUGCGAAGGAAGAAUUUCUUAUCUUUAACCUGGAUAAGGAAGAUAUUUAUGCUGUUCUCUCACAUGGGACCUGCAGUUUGUCUGGUAGUAAUGACAUACGUGGGUUGCGAUGCUACAACCGCAAUAAUAAUGUUAAUACUGGCGUUGGCCUUCAAUGGAGCCGCCUGCCAGACCAGCUUACAGAAUCAUCAAGACCUGGCACCGAACUAUGCCGGUUCGUUAUACGGAAUUAUGAACACAUUUGGCAGUUUCCCCGGAUUCAUCAUUCCACCCAUUAUUGGAGCUCUAACCAAUGAAAGGAACGGCGUGGAGGAAUGGCGCAUAAUGUUUUGGAUAUCGGCGGUAGGGUUUAUAUCAGCAACAAUCCUCUUUUGGAUAUUUGGAUCUGGAGAAAUUCAAUCGUGGAACGAUUCGACUCAUACUAAAGUGCCUACUGUUUCCGAAGAGGAGAAGCAGAUAAACGAAACAACAACGAAAGACGGGAUCGAUACGGAAACGGAGGAAAAUGAACGUCUCUAGUGAGUUAGGAAAUGAAAAAAAAUAAAAAAAAAAUAUAUAUAUAUAUAUUCAUGUCUGUACAAAAAUUAGUCCAAAGUUGGGAAGAGACUGCAUCUGAAUUUAAAUUGCUGCAAAGUUUUUGACCUCUCUGUUAAAAUGUCAUACUUUAUACAGACCGACCAGUUUGUAUAGCUUCUAAUUGUUAAAUGGGUAGAAAAGUGAUCGCUAGAUUAUUAAUAUAUAUCUAUACAUAGAGAAACACAGGAGAAUCGAAAUGAUGUACAGAAUAUUCGAUAUAUGUAGACUAUUCAAUCAUAUUGUAAUACAUUUAGAAUAUUCGUGCUCCAGUUACAGAUACACGUUGCUAGAAUAUCACGACGCGACAUAUCUUUCGUCUUAAUCCGAUUUACCUUUUUAGACGCAAAGUUAUAUUUUCACUGCUCUUUUUUUUACUGCUAUUGUAUAAGACUGUGGAAGUUAAAACUUAGAUUUUAUACACUUUUUCGUAAUUUUCAAGCGUUUGUAACGUCUCGAAUGUUUAAGUAUUUAUAUAUAUAUAUAUAUGUCUGAUAUUACGCUUUUGUCAUUCAUACAUUUGAGAGUGUCACGAUCGCGAUCGUCAAAUACCCGGGAGAGGGGCUAUAAACGUGGUAUUCAAACAAUGUAAUGUAUCGAAAUGUAAGAAUACUCUGUAGUGCAUUUUUUAUUUCGUGCCAAAGUACACGUAUGUUGCUCUCAUUGAACACUCGACUCGUAACGGCAGUCGAUAUAAUACUAGGUUAAGGAACCUUGGCACUGUCUUCGGGCCAUUAAACGGUCGAGGUUACUCGAUAUUAUAAAUACAUAACGCUAGAUACAUUAUAUAAAUAAGCAUAUAUAUGUUUCUUGUUAUACGUAUAAUAAAUCCUUCUUUGCGAGGCGAUUUCAUAACUGUGAUAAAUAUUGGCAGGAAUUUACGCACAACAGUUUAAUUACGAUUUAAAUAGUCUCGGUUCUUUGACUUACUUAUAGGUCAUGUACCAUUUCAAAUUAGGGUAUUUCCGAUAAAUGCGAAAUAUAUUGAAUACGAGAGCUCGCUUUACGCAACAAUUUACGUAUUUGAACCCCAUUGGUCGCGUAUAACAAGAAAUCUUUAUAUAUAUUCUUCCCGUCGUUUACGAGCGCUCAAAUGUGUACAAAUGUGUAGUUGUAGCGAUAAAAACUUAUCUUGUAAUUUUCAUUUUAUGAGAUGCGUCCGUGAUGAGAGAGGCGGCAAUGUCACGAUUGAAUUCGCUUUGCAUCCAGAGAAAGACAUUGCGCUCGUGAAUAAGCGGAGAAGAAAUGCAUUACGUUUGUAAAUCGUGAGAAGCGUGGCUCGUACACAUACAAUCGUACGUUAGAAAUUGAGUACGUUCGCACCGUAGGAAAAUAAGAAAUACUAAAUAAAUGUGUUGUUCCUACAUUUGAAAAAGACGAUCAUUGUUCAAGUCGAGUUUUCGACGCAAUGUUCAUUGUGCUGUCAAUAAUAACGUUAUUACGAAUUACGUCAAAAAUUUGUGAGAAGCAAGUAUUUAGCAAUAAUAUUUGUUGCGCGUGUAAAAAAAAUACAUGAGGAUUACAACUCGUUAUUUUAAAGUACAUAAAUCACAGCGCACGUAGAUGUGUGUUAUAAUUAUAUUAAGUUGCAUUAUCUUCUCAAUCAUUGCGAUUUUCAUACUUUUUUCUUUAUACAUGUUUACGAUUAAGUCAUGACAGCAUUUGUUUUAUGAAUUUCACAAUUUACAAUUUAAAUUGUAGCGGUGAAUUGUAGUAAUUUACAUAUGUAAGAAAUAAUCGAAUAUAUUUUGUGCGAUUUCAUUACAAAGUAAUAAAGAAAAUCAUGUAUCCACAA